UAACCACUGCCCACAAUCAUUAAUUAAACAAAUUGUACACCCGCUCCGGCCUCCGGCGGUAGUAGUCUUUGGUUGAAUUAGUUUUUUGUUUUCACAAAACCCAAAUUGGAAAUUUCAAUUUGUCUUAAUCUUUGGUCCUUGGUAGACUUCGACUUCUUUACUUCCUUCAUCUCUACUAAAGUAUUCCCAUUUCAACCAAAACCCACUCGACUCGGUCUUGUUUCUUGAUCAACUUUUCUCCAUAAUCCACUGUAGAAACUGAUCUCCCUCGCUCUACAAAAAGAACUUGAAGACAUUUGUUGCAAGAUGUUCUCAUUGAUGCUACAAAGAGAUAGAAAACAUGGUUCACAAAGCUGAUUUAGUGAUCAUUGGAAUCUGUGUUGGUGUAGCUGUUGGCAUACUUAUAGCAUCGCUUGCAUUCUUUGGUAUAAGAUGGUAUAAAAGGCGGGCCCACCUUAGAAAAUGUGCAAAUGAUCAUAAUGCUUCAACUCUUCCUAUACGUAGAAAUGGUGUGGAUACAAGUAAUAUUUUGAGUGAAUCUUUUUCAACAAAUUCAGUGAGUGUUAAAGUAUCGACUUAUCCUGUAAAAACUUCUCCUCUUGCUAAAUGGAAUAAGAAUGGUAAAGAACAGUUGGCUUCAGCUUCAGGCCUACCAAGAUACUCUUACAAGGACAUACAAAAAGCUACAAAAAACUUUACAACCAUUUUGGGACAAGGGUCUUUUGGUCCAGUAUAUAAAGCUACAAUGCCUGCUGGUGAAGUUGUUGCUGUAAAGGCUCUUGCUUCUGAUUCCAAACAAGGGGAGAAAGAAUUUCAAACUGAGGUUUCUCUUUUGGGAAGGUUGCAUCAUAGAAACUUGGUGAAUCUUGUGGGGUAUUGUGUAGAUAAAGGACAACGGAUGUUAAUAUAUGAAUAUAUGAGUAAUGGAAGCUUGUCAAGUUUUCUAUAUGAUGAUAAAAAGCAGGCGUUGAAUUGGGAAGAAAGACUUCAAAUUGCCCUUGAUAUUUCACAUGGAAUAGAGUAUCUUCAUGAUGGGGCAGUUCCACCUGUCAUACAUCGAGACUUGAAAUCUGCAAAUAUAUUGCUCGAUCACUUCAUGAGAGCCAAGGUUGCAGAUUUUGGGCUAUCAAAAGAAGAGGUGUAUGAUGGAAGAAACUCGGGGCUUAAAGGCACAUACGGAUACAUUGAUCCAAUGUAUAUUUCUACAAACAAGUUCACAAUGAAGAGUGACAUCUACAGUUUUGGAAUCAUUUUAUUUGAACUCAUCACUGCUAUUCAUCCACAACAAAAUCUCAUGGAAUAUGUCAAUCUAGCAGCAAUGAGUUCAGAUGGGGUGGAUGAAAUUCUCGACAAGGCACUUGUUGGUGAGUGUGAUCCAGUGGAUGUGAGGAGCAUGGCAAGAAUAGCACACAGAUGUUUGCAUAAGACACCAAGAAAAAGGCCUUCAAUUGGGGAGGUUUCACAGGCCAUUACAAAGCUCAAACAGAGGCGUUUGGUUAGGGAAGAUAGUACAAUGUCAUUUGCAGCCGAAGAGUUUUCCGGGGUCGUUGGGUGCAUAGAGUUACAACAAAAUGAAUUGAAGAAGAUGACAAGUAUAGCUGAAUCUUGAAAGAUUCAAAUCUUGAGUCUUGAUGUUUCUGGAUGUAGUAAGCUUGUUGUGACUUGUGACACUAUAUAUAUAGUGGAAAGAUACAUGGUUAAUGGCAAAAAUGCUACAUAUUUUUAUCAUUUUAUUAAUACAUACAAAAAGUUUUAUGUUAAAA